AUGGAGGAAACCAUUCCACUAGAAAUUCCAAAUACUUUACUUUAAAAGGCAAAAAUUUUAAACAAAGACACCAUCGGAUCCAAAUAUGAUUUCAUUAAGUAUUAGGGAAACUCGUUUAUUUAGGUAGAGCCUCCUUCAGCUAAGUUUAUGGGAUAUGAAAUUAAUAAAUUGAAUACAAUAAAAGUUAAAGUUAUCAAUAAGGCUACUAUUCCUUAAAGAAUUCAUGUUUUGCCUUUAGAGUCAAAUAAUUUUACUAUAAAAAUGAAUAAAAAGGGAUUACUUCCUACAGGUAUGAGCGAAGAAAUUUAAAUAUCUUUCAAACCUACAGAGUACAAAUACUUCUAUGACACUAUAAGAAUAAACACUGAAACAGAAAAUGUCAUAAUACCCAUUCAUGCAUAUCCUGUUCUUGAUAGAGAUAAUCUUAGAAAUGUCUUUCCAAGACUUAUUGACUUCGGAACCAUUCUAAUAGGAGAAACUAAUACAAUUUCUAACUUUCUUGUCUGUAAAAUACCGAUCAACUUUGAAUUUGAGUUUAUUUUUUAAAAAGACCAUCCUGAUAUGAAAAUCAUUCCUAUGAAAGGGAUCAUCCCAGGUAAUGGAUAAGUAGAGAUUGAUAUAUAAUAUACACCUUCUACAAAUACAACUAUCAUUUGUGAGGCAGAACUAAGAAUAUCGUAAUUUGAUUUUGAACCAUUGAAAAUUAGACUGAUGGGUUCAGGAAGGUAUGAAGAUCCUGCAUAAAAUAAGAAAACAAAAAUGUAAUCUCUUUAAGGAGGGAAUAGUAAACGUCCCCUUUCUAAUACAAAGCUUAAAAAAUUAGAAAAAUCUUUGAAUAACUCUUAAUUAGAUCAAGGAAUUUAAUAAUUUGGAAGUCCUUAAGUGACUUUAUCUGUUGGAAAUGAAAAUUUAUUGUUAGGUUCCAAAAAGCAAAGCAAUCUAGACAUAUAAAAUGAGUUUGGCAACUAAGUGAAAUAAGUUUUAGAUGAAAAUAAUGCCAACUUAUAAAGGAUAUAAUCUAAAUUUAAAAACUCUAAUUUAGGAAAUACACAAAAUGCUGUUCCAGAUGAUAAAUUAAAUUCUUCUAUAAAAUCUAUGAACAGUGAAAGAAAUUUCAAAGUUAGAAAUAUAAAUUCUGGGUCAGUAAAGAAUCGUGUAAAAAUAACAGUUCCAGAACAAGACUAUGAUCAGAAUAGUAUUUCUGGAAAUUAAAAUAUUCGUAGCUAAUAAGAAAGGGAAUUCAUUGAAAAGUGCAAUGCUGUUUCUUUGAUGGAUAAGAAUAAGGAUAUUAAAUUUUUCUAGUGUAUUGGUGAUGAGAUUAUCACAGAAGAAGAAGUAUAAAAUAUAUUGACUGAAAGAAAGAACUACCAUUAGUCAAAAUUAGAUAACAUAUAAGAUGAAGGAGUUCAUAGAUAUAGCAAGAAAAUUAAUUCGGAUCAUGUCAUGCUUGGACAGAGAAACUAGGAAUUAUAAAUGUCAAAUACAUGGGAUACUGAUAAAAAUGACAAUUUAAAAUUGAGAAAAAUUAUUUUGAAAAGAUUUAUGAAUGCAGGAACCAAAAUUAUUUUAAAAAUGAGAAUGGAAAACAGACUUAUAAAACUGAAAAAUCUCCUUUGCGAUUGUUAAACCAAAGAAGAUGUCAAAAAGUUAGUUUAACUUGACUGGUAGAAGGCAGAAUAUGCAGGUGUUGGAAAAAAGGAGUUUGUAGCUUUCGAGUUUAGUUUUUCAGAUGAUGAUGUUAGUACUACACUUUUCCCAAUUUAAUACGAUGCUUCUAAUUUAAAAUACGAUCAUACUUUCGAAAUUAAUCCUCGUAAAGAUUUUAAUGACCUCGACCUUCAUGAAUACGAAGUUCUACCUCGAAACGAAGUUGAAGCAAUGCGUUAUACAAACUUCGAAAGACUUAUAUGCUCUCAUUACACCCCAAUAGAAACAGAAAGAGUUUACAGAACUGGAGCAGAAUGGGAAUACUCAAAGCAAGGAAAAACAGGAGCUUUUAAAGAGAUUAGUUCUGUUUAGGGUUUAAUAGAGUGCAUGCCAAAGACUUUCUUAAAGCCAUUAGAAUUACCAAAUCAUUUAUUUAUAACAUCCCAUGACACUCUAAGACCUUAUAUCAACUAUAAUCAAUUCAACGAAGUAGAUUCAGAGUACUAUCUCUAGCCUGAAUAUAUGGAAAUAUAAGAUAAUUUAGAUCCAAAAAUAAAUAAUGAUUAUUAUGCUUUGAAAAAUGAAUUUUUAGGAAAAACACCUGGCCUUUCAUCUAGAUUUGCUCUUCAUUCUAUAUAUUCUGAAACAAUCAGAUACCUUCCCAAAUAGCUUUAGCUUCCUAGAGAUUGUGCCAAUAUUAAUAAAAUUGAAAAUGCUUGUCCAUCAAAAGUCAAAGAGCUAGAAUAUGAUGAUAAUCUUACAGAUGAUGACAGUGAUGGUGAAGAGCCUCCAGUUGUAUAAAUUUAAAAUGUAGACGAUUUCUUAAAACAACUUGAAGAUAAAGAUGGUUAAAUCACACAAAUAAGAGAUAAAAAUAAGGAAAGACUUCCAUUUGAUGAAUACGAAGAUAUUAAUAAAACUGUAAAUACAAACUUAAAAUUAGAAAAAUAAUAUUGGAUAAGUACCAUUCCUACCAGAACAGAUCACUAUAAUAAAUUUAUUAACAACUCAGAAAAUAAAUUAAUAAUUUUAUGA